UGUAUCCUGAGCCACCCCAUCAAGAACACCAAUGAUGCCAACUCCUGCCAAAUCAUCAUCCCUCAGAACCAGGUCAACAGGAAGUCAGAUAUCUACGUGUGCAUGAUCUCCUAUGCACACAACGUUGCUGCACAAGGCAAAUACAUUGCUAUUGCCAGCACUACGGUGGAGACCUCAGAGCCUGAGAAGGAGAUAGAGCCGGCCCUGGAGCUACUCGAGCCUAUUGACCAGAAGUUUGUGGCCAUCAGUGACUUGUACGAACCCAUUGAUGAUGGCGCUGAGAGCCAGGUGUUCUGUUCCUGCUCCUAUGAUGCCACUACCCACUUUGAGACAACCUGCAAUGACAUCAAAGACAUCUACAAACGCAUGGUUGGCUCAGCCUUUGACUUUGAGAACAUGAAGCGCAAACAGAAUGAUGUCUUUGGUGAAGCUGACCAGUGA